AUGACAAGACAAAGGCCUAAAGAGAGGGAUCCGCGUCCUGUGCGACAAGUAUUUGUGCAAGUGCUAGGCCAACAUCUGAAUGAGAGAGAUAAAGGGAUGUUGAUUAGAUCAAUGUUUGUGGCUGGGUGUAUUCAUCGUACGAAAUGCAGAAUAGAGCGAACAUCAAGCAUCUGGGAUAGUGCAGAAACUCGAAUUCCAGAGUAUCAAAAGGAAAAUGACGCUUUUGGUGUUAGGAACGUCUACAAACCUGGUGUCCUGAACAACUCGUUGAUACGCAAUUCUGCGGCAAUUCGAGUAUUGGGAUCUGGGCUGAGUGUCGCGAUGAGUACGUUGGCUAUUUCAGAGGCCAUCGAUGAACGCGAUCUUUGUGGUUCGGAACGAGACGUGCCAAGUCCGACAGGGGCUAAUCGGGUCAUUGACUUAUGGCGACAUUAUUCAGGAAAUUUAAUUUCAAACCCUUGA